CGGCCUUGCGUUUUGGUCAAACCGGCCCAAUUUCUUGCACUCAAUUGCAUCUUCAAAGAGCCCGGGAAUCUCUGCUUUUCCCCACUUUUCAAUUGCCAUCGCCACUUCUCCCCGUUCAAGACCUCCGAUAACCGUACUCAAGCUCCGCCGUGCAAUGGGAAAUCCCUCCGACUCUCCUCCCGCCGACGUCAAAGGCCCCAUCACUCACGUGAUCUUCGACAUGGAUGGCCUCUUGCUCGACACGGAGAACUUCUACACGGAAGUCCAGGAGGUCAUACUGGCGAGAUAUGGCAAAACAUUCGAUUGGAAUCUGAAGCCGAAAAUGAUGGGGAAGAAAGCAAUAGAGGCAGCUCGUGUGUUCGUGGAGGAAACUGGGAUAAGUGAUACUCUCUCGGCUGAGGACUUCAUCGUUGAAAGAGAGGCCAUGUUGAAGAGUAUGUUUCCAAAUAGUGAGCUUAUGCCAGGAGCUAGUCGUUUGAUCGAGCAUCUCCACUCGAAAGGAAUCCCAAUUUGCGUCGCAACUGGGUCUCAUACUCGUCAUUUUGAACUAAAGACAACAAAGCACAGGGAGCUUUUCUCGUUGAUGCAUCACAUUGUUCGAGGAGAUGAUCCAGAAGUUAAAGAAGGAAAGCCAUCACCAGAUAUUUUCCUCGCUGCAUCAAGGAGAUUCGAGGGUGGAACUGUUGACCCCAAAAAUAUUCUUGUUUUUGAAGAUGCUCCUUCAGGUGUUCUUGCUGCUAAGAAUGCUGGAAUGUAUGCAGUAAUGGUUCCUGAUCCUAGGCUCGAUGUCUCUUAUCACGCUGAUGCAGAUCAAGUCAUUAGCUCGUUGUUGGAUUUCAAUCCACAGCCUUGGGGCCUGCCUGCUUUUGAAGACGGGGAGAGCUAAAUGUGGAGAUCCUAUUACUACAUCUCUGCAUGAGACGAUGAACCCGUUUCCUGGAUUACAAUUGGUUAUUCCGCUUGAACGUGACAUCCUGAUUGAUUUCAUGACCUGGCAGUCUGAAUUAUCUUCCUUUAUAUUGGAUUUAUGGCAAACAUUGGGGGGUCUAUUCAUACAUGACUUUGUAAUUUAUUUGAGCAUUAGCUGACAGUAAAUGAAGCUGGAGAGACGUGAUAUCUGAAAUCUGAUU